AUGCGGGGUCGGCGAGUCUCCCUGGGGGUUGUCGUCCUGGGGUUGAGUCCAUCAGUGCAAGCUUUCGUUGGACCGUCGAUUCCCGAGGCAUCGUCUGCGAAGCGCGUACCGCUGUCGACGCCAGCAGUCAAGAGAAACAGCGAUGGCAGCAGCAGCAGAAGCAGGAGCAGUAGCGGGAGUGCCAUCGGCAUGAGCCGGCGCAGAGCGGCUCUGGCCGCAUCAUCAGCGCUGAAGAUGAGCGGCGAGGACGAGGAAUCGGAGGAAUACGGGGACCCCGCGGCAGAAGUGGAGGUGGUCACCGCUGACAAGAGGAAGGACGCGGGCGUGCUGGCGGCGACGGGGGCGACGGGGGCGAUCGUGGGGUGGAGCUUGGGGCACUCCCUAGGGCUGGACAUGAUAGGGAUGUUUGCAGGCUGUCUGGCAGCGGUAGGGCUUUUGGCGCAGGAGGGCACGAUUGGGCAAUCGGCCGCGAAGUUCGGCGAGUUUGCCCUCGGCGCGUUCGAAGUGGUCAGCACCGUAGCUGCGAGCACAGACGUGCCGGCAAAGAUGGCGAGCUCUGUGGGAGAGGAGUUCCUCGAGGUGGUGGAAUUUACCUCGGGUGCCAUGACAAAGGGGUACAUGGACAGCCUUCCGGAGCCUGUGGUGCGGUACGAGGCACAGAUCGCUAGAUCCAAGGAAACCGCCAAGGAGCUGAAGGAACAGCUGGACAAGGUGUCGGCGGCGUUCGCUGAGGCCAAGGAGCAGCUCAAGCAGCGGGCGGAAAACCAGAGAAUUGUGAACGCGGCCAAGACCACGGUUGCUGAGCUGGCGGCCGCGAAGGCCGCGGUGGUGGAGAAGGACGUCGCGAUCGCCAAGAGCCUGCAGCUGGCGAGGAAGGAGAAAGACGCCUUCGACGUGGACCUUAAGGCCGCGAAGGCCGAGGCUGGCCGUUUCAGGGACAUGGUGGAGACCAGGGCCGACAUGGACGACGACUACAGGGCGUUAGCCGAGGCAUCCGACACCCUCGAGGAGCGAGUGCAAGACUACGAGGCAAGGCUCAGGGUCCUCGCGGAGGAGAACGACGGCAUCAGGGCCGACUACUCGGCCGAGAUCAAGAGCAUGGAGGCGGAGCGGUCCUCCAUGCGGGAGCGCAUCGCCAACCUGGAGAGCGCUCUGACGUCGUCGGAGACGGCUAUCGACCAGCAGCGAGCGGACCUGCAGGCUGAACUAAUGAAGAUGGGGAAUGCUCUGGACGAGAAGUCGGCCGCGGCGGAGGCGGCCGCCGGCCUGGCGGCGGAGAUGAAGGCAGCGCUGCAGGCGUCCAUCGAGGAGAAGGCGGACGCGGUGGCGAGAGCAGCGGCGCAGAUGAAGGCAGCUCAGGAGGCGAGGAGCGCUGCUGAGAAAGAGAAGGCCCGCGCUGCGCUGGAGGUCAAGGCUGCCAAAGAGCAGGCGAUGAAGGCAGCGGCCGAGGCGGCGAGACUAGACGGGGCAGCAGCUAAGGCUAAGGCGGGGACGCCCGCCGCUGCGGCGGCAGGGGCAGGGGCAGGGGCUAGGGCGGGGGUGGGGGCGGCCGCCGGGGUUAAGAAGAGGCAGCCGAAGAAGAAGACGGCACGGCAGGUGGCGCUGGAGGCAAAGGAGAGAAAGGCGAGCGAGGAGGCGGAGGCGAAGAAGGCCCAGGCCGCCGCCGCGGCCGCCGAAAGAGAAGCGCAGAAGGUUAAGGACAUCGAGGUCAAGAAGAAGACUGCCACGGCGGGGGCGGCGGCCUCUGCAGCGAAGCCGCCGCCGCCGCCGCCGCGUUCCGCACGA